AUGUCAAGGGACAGCGUGCUGAUCGGCGCCUCCAUGUUCGUGCUCGUCGUGCUCUCCCUCGUCACCUUCUUCUGCUCCAACCGACGGCGAUUGGCGCAGAGCUCGUCGUCGCGGGGCGUAGAAGACAAUCAAGACAUCGAGCUCGGGCACGGCAGGAGUGCCGCUGCGGGACUCGACGAGGCCGUCCUGGCCGCGUACCCGACGACGGUGUACUCGUCGUCCAUCCAGCAUCAGUUGGCGGCUACCAGUGAGCGGACAGUGAAAGAGGGGGAACGCGGGUGUGCGGUGUGCCUGGCGGAGUACGCCGACGGCGACGAGCUGCGGGUUAUGCCCGGCUGCGCGCACACGUUCCACCGGCGGUGCGUCGACCAGUGGCUCCGGCGGCGGCCCAGCUGCCCACUCUGCCGCGCGUCGUCGCAGAGCAGAGCACCACCGGCGCAUGCUAACCGUCACAGCGUCAACAGCAUGCCGAUGUAG